CUGUAUUGUUUGUUAUCAUGUUUAGGAACCAUGACAUUAGUGAAGGGAGCAGAUCGUAGUUGUGAUCCGUGACUAGGCCCACGGUUCAGCAUGUGUUCAGAGGAUUAAUUGCUAAAUUUAAUAGAUAACAGAGUAUUAAAACCUAAACAGAAAACAUAUUGUAAUAAAAGCGGUAGGGGUGAAUUUAUUAUUCCAUGUGAUGGAGGCCGAGUGGAGAAGCCUGGUCAGCAGUGAAUGUGAUCUAAACUUGUGUUUGCUUCUCCAGCGUCUGCAUCAGGCCUCAUGGCGUCUCUGAGAGAGGAAUACUGCAGGACACCACAGGCUCCACGAGAACACAGCACUGUCUGUCUUCACUACACCUGCUGCUCUCUCCAGAUCCCUCCAGAGGACCAACAACAUCAGGCUGCUGGCGGUUUCAAAAAAUUCCCUCAUGUCCAAAUUCAACAUGAAGGAGGUGGUCUGCUGCAGAAAGAGGCUUUUGAAAAGACUGCACUGUUCUCGAUCAUUAGAGAUGUUGUUGCUCCCCUUAAGAAGAAAAAGCAUAAGCACGUCUCUAAGCCCUGGUUAGAUGACACACUCGUUCACUCAGACAGACCUGUAGAAGGCUGAACGUAAGUGGAACAAAGAUAGAUUACAAGUUUCUUAUGAAAUCCUCAAGGACUCCCUCUCGGCAUUUCAGCGAGCUGCUAAUGCUGCUAAGCGUAAAUAUUUCUCUGAGUUAAUUUUAUGUAACAGUACUAGGCCCAAAGCCUUAUUUUCAAUGAUUGAUUCUGUUCUUAAUCCCACUAUUAAUCAUUUUCCGGAGGUAUCUGAUUCGCUUUGUGAGGAUUUUGCGAGAUCUUUUAAUGAUAAGGUUGUACAAAUUAAAUCUCUACUGACUUUGUCAGCCUAUACUUCACUUGAUGUUCCUCUCUGCUCUUGUAUUGUAUUGUAUAACCAGCUUCCCGGCAGCAACAGAGCUGAA